CAUGUGAGCAACACCGCGUGAGCUGGUGAGGGAGCUUCAGGCAUGUGUGUGUGUGUGUGUGUGUGUGAGGGAAAUGAUAGAAAUGCAAGGGCAUGCUCUGCCAGUUCUCUGCCUGCGGACACUCUGUGAUGUCAAAGCAGUUCAACAGAACACUGUGUGUGUAUGAGUGUGUGUGUGAGAGAGAGAGAGAGAGAGAGAGAGAGAGAGAGAGAGAGAGAGAGAGAGAGAGAGAGAGUCACAGAGUGGCUCUUGACAAUGAGAGUGUGUUUUUAUUGCGUGUGGGUAUGUAUGAGGCAAUGGAUGUAAAGAUGAUACAGAGCAAAACAUGAAGGUAUUUGCAUGUAUGCACAUCUACAGAGAACGAAAGAGAGAUAGAAAGAGGCACAGAAGAAGAAAAUGACCGCCAUCCAGUAACACACGUUUUAAUGACUGGGAUUGUGAGCUUUAAUCUGAUCUGACAUGCUGGACUAACCCUGGACACACUGACAGGAGGAACACUCUAGAAACCAUGGCAGGUGUGGUCUUUGUAUUAUCCAGCCUGUUAUUACUCCAGACAGUCUCCUCUUGCCCCAAGGAGUGCUCGUGUGACACUCAUGCCAAAGUGGUGGACUGCCGAGGACGAGGAUUAUAUGAUAUUCCACGUAAACUUCAUCAAGACACCCUGGAGCUGUAUCUUCAAAAUAAUCGUCUGCGAGGCUUGGGCUCCAUGUCUUUUCGAGAGACACCACAACUUCAAAUUCUGGACCUAGCAAACAAUUCAAUCACAACGCUUUCCCCUAGUGCCCUUUUGGGACUUAGAAGCUUAAAGGUCCUCAGCUUGGCCAAUAACUCUAUUCGGGAAGUUGAUAGACGCCUUCUGGUUUCAAUAAGAAAUCUAACCAUAUUGGACUUGUCCUUUAACACCAUAGGUGGUCUACCAGCAGCUUUUGCUGAUAGUUUCCACUUUCUGACACAUCUGUCACUCCAUUACAAUCGGCUAACGAAGCUGGACCGUAUACAUCUGGAGGCUCUUGACAAUCUUAAAAUUCUGCAGCUGAAGGGCAAUCCCUGGAGAUGUGACUGUCAUCUGAUAGGACUCAAACUAUGGUUGGAGACAUUUGUCUUCAAAGGUGGAGUGGUCGACAGUGUCACAUGUGUCCAGCCUCAUCUCAUGCUGGAGCGGGACCUCCGGCACAUUCCCUACGAGCUUUUCCACUCCUGCAUGAUCACCAGCUACAGCUACCUGUUUGCUAACAUCCAUUACAUGGACAACAAGCAUCGCAUGAUCAGUGGGCAGCUCCAUCCAAGCCCCAGAUCACCAUCUGGGAGUGAUUUCAGCCCCCAAGGAGAAGCGAUACUCCCUGAGUGUGAGCCCAAGCAGAGAGCCCGACCUGUGAACUACAGACGCGCCAUAGCCACAGUGGUCAUCACAGGAGUGGUUUGUGGAAUUGUGUGUUUGAUGAUGUUGGCAGCAGCUGUCUAUGGAUGUGCGUAUGCAGCAAUUAAUGCCAAGUAUCAAAGGGAGCUGAAGAAGAAAGCGAAAGAGGCAGGUUCAGGAGAGGAGCAGAAAAACAUUGAAAGAGACGAGGACAAGGAGCCUCUGGAGUGACGCGAAAAUCAGCAUCACAUGAUGCACACGAAGCACAAAUACACAUCAGGGUUACGCUCAAGAUUAUCUACAUACUGUUGUGUAUCUACAAAGUUACUUUCAAGGCAAGUCAGUGUCCUUGGCAGACAUACUGGCAAUGCCCCUAGGGCAGCUAUUGUUUCUAAUUAUGCAGAUACAGCUCCUACCUAAAACGGGAAAGACGCAAAACUCCAAAACUAUUAUUAUUAUUAUUAUUAUUAUUAUUAUUAUAGCUUCAAUUAGGGAAGACAGUUGGCUCUUUGCCAGUCAAAACAAAGAGACAUUCUGUUUUAUAGGACAUGUUUGUAGAGUUUUCAACCAGUUUUGUAUUAGUAGUAUAUGUAAAUUAGCAAUGUGUACUCUUUCUCCAUGUUAUCUACGGCUAAUGCACUAUGGGUGCUGAAGUAUCCCUACCUUUCGGACAAAAGGGAAUGUCAUAGCCCUUUUCUCUGUUUUCUUCAGUCAUGUAGUGGUAAACACAAAAACAAUGCCUUCCUAAUUCAUAAACAGCCAAGUUUUAUUAAAAGCUAUUUUUUCUAGCAGUGAAUUAUCCCCUUAAUUGUCCAACACAAUGCCACCAAAUUGUAGCCAGCUCACAUUUUAUGGCCUGCUACAGAUUUUAAACUUAUUUGCCAAACUAUCUCAUCCAUAUAUAUAUAUUUUUUUUGUUGUUGUUUUUUUUUUUUUACAUUAUUUUAUUUUAAUUAUUAUUUUUUUCUCAGUACUAUGCAAAUCUUUGUGAAAUCAUUGGAAAGAAUGGGGAGGAGAAUGAUUUUGUAGUUGAGGCACAAAGUUCCUGAUUUGUACUGCAAAUGGCCAUCAUCAACAACAAAAAUCUUUAAAUUGUGUGCAGCGUGACUAGAUUUCAUGUUUCAGGUGUACCCUUAAAUCAACUGAACAUACUGAGUGGUAUUCAUUUUUCUAUAUGUGGUCUGUCUCUUCUCCCUCGUAUAGUCUCUGGUAUCUAUUAUAACUUUUCAUAUUCUAAGACUAAAAACUGAGGUGGGACUUCCCUCCUGCUGUUUACACUAUUGUAGCUCUAUGGAUAAAGCAACAUUAAUUCCCAUUGAGCUUUAGUUAGGCCAGAGAUUUAAGUGAA